AGCAUUAGAAGCCUUCGGGGAUUAAAGGGAACGAGGAGGUGGUCGUGGAAGGUUAUUUUGGGGUGCUUUGAGUGGGGCUUCGUUGAGGAAGGGAGUAAAAUCUUGGAAUAUAGGGGCUGCCAUAAUUCCAUUUUGCAAAGGAAAAAAAAAAGUCCCAUAAAGGUGCUGGUUUUUCUUUUCCUUAGAAGAUAAUUGUAGGCUUGCUCUCUCCAUGAGCCAGGAAGGGCCUUUGGCAUCUUUCCAUGUUGGUUUAGUGGGAGUCUGUGUAGAGAUCAUGCCAGGUUUGGGUACCUGGGGUAGGUGACAGUUUAGGAGGGUAGGCUUUCAUGGUGGGUUAAAAAAAGAGGCGGCUAAAAGGGUCACACACGGAAAACUGUCCUUAUUGGGGCUUAGGAGGCGUUUUCAGGAGGAAAAUUGAGGAUGGGCUUUGUUCUCUGGCGCCCAUUCAGGUCUUGCUAGAAGCCAUGGACUCCCUGGGUGUGGAUUUCUAAGAGAAUCAUUCUGCCAGUUGAUGAAACGGGGUCGCCUCUGGUCUUGAAGGGAAACGUUUUCCUUCAGGAAUCAUCUCUCUCGCGUCCUUUUGCCCCUCUCUCCUCGGUGCGGUUGUUCAUCCAGCGUCUCUGAUGCCAGAACAAGGCCCCAGAAUGAACGGCUUCUCUCUAGGCGAGCUAUGUUGGCUCUUCUGCUGCCCGCCUUGCCCCAGUCGCAUAGCGGCCAAGCUGGCUUUUUUGCCCCCGGAACCCACCUACACUGUGAUGCAACUAGAACAGCAAGAAGGCGCUGCUACGGUGGGGACGCCGACCAGCAGCUGUAGCCUCCAUUUGACUGAACGAGCCGACUGGCAGUAUUCCCAACGAGAACUGGAUGCCGUUGAAGUCUUCUUUUCGCGCACAGCCCGGGAUAAUCGGCUGGGCUGCAUGUUUGUUCGCUGUGCUCCUUCCAGCCGGUAUACCCUGCUUUUCUCUCAUGGCAAUGCCGUCGACCUGGGCCAGAUGUGCAGCUUCUACAUUGGGCUCGGCUCCCGCAUCAACUGCAAUGUCUUCUCCUAUGAUUACUCGGGUUAUGGAGUCAGCACUGGCAAACCAUCGGAAAAAAACCUCUAUGCAGACAUUGAUGCAGCUUGGCAGGCCUUGAGAACAAGGUAUGGUGUCAGUCCUGAAAACAUCAUUCUGUAUGGACAGAGUAUUGGAACUGUUCCCACGGUAGACCUUGCAUCUCGGUACGAGUGUGCAGCUGUAAUCCUUCAUUCACCUUUGAUGUCUGGAUUGAGGGUAGCCUUCCCUGACACCCGAAAAACAUAUUGCUUUGAUGCUUUUCCAAGCAUUGACAAGAUUUCAAAAGUCACCUCUCCCGUUUUGGUGAUUCACGGUACUGAAGAUGAAGUCAUAGAUUUUUCCCACGGUUUGGCAAUGUAUGAGCGAUGCCCCCGGGCCGUAGAGCCCCUUUGGGUGGAAGGGGCUGGCCACAAUGACAUCGAGCUCUAUGCACAAUACCUAGAACGACUAAAACAGUUCAUAUCUCAUGAACUUCCUAAUUCCUGAAAACACCUAAAGUACUUGAUAUUUUUUCCUUUAUUUUUUUUCCUUUGCUUUUUUUUUACCUCAUUUAACUGUGAAUAGAAGAGUUUACCUGUUUUUGCACAUGCAUUAACUGGAUUAACUGUCAUAGCUUUAUACUAUGAAGAAAAGCCCUUUGGAUAGGGCAGAUCCAAUCAAGUCUUGACUGUCUCCUUUUUUAUAUCAGGAAACUAUUCUCAUGGCCACUACUGUAACCCACACAAUAUUUUGUACUUUCCUUACACUAGAAGAGCUGGAGACAUAGAAGGACAAUGGAUGAACGUGAGGACACUAUUUAAUUUAAGUGCAGGAUAAUAUUUCCACAUUUUCCUAUCCUGCCCUUCAGGUAGUUUGUCUUAGAUAUCUGUAUGUAUAGGGUCCCCCCCCCCCUUUUUUUUUUUUAAAUCUUCCCAUGAUCUGGAAUACAAAGGAUCUGGACCACAGCUUCAGUCUUAGAGCAUUUCCCAUGUCACAUUUUUAAACUGUGUUAUUGUAACUGGAAAGAAAUUUUGUGGUGAUUUUUCAUUGUGUUUCUUAGGGGAGCAUUUUGGGCGACUUUUCCUUCCUAACUACAAUAUUUAAUGAAAAUUUCUGGACAGUGCCCACAGUUUGGUACUGAGGCAAUUCUCGGGCAACAUUUCAAUUGUCUUUUUUUGCAGAUUUACAAAAUGAAAUACUUGGAAAGUCAUAAUAACUAAAUGGAUAUGAAUUCUUUUUAAAAAAAAACUGGAAGAAAUGUACAAAUUUACUAACCCCAUUCCUAAGAUAAUGUUCUCAAUCUUAAAUAAGAGCCAGCUUUGGCAGUUACUUGUGUGACUUGCAUUCCUUCUAAAGGUUGUUUUUUUAAAAAUAUUGUAUAUAAGUGGGUUUCCUUUAAUGCAUAACUCCUGGCAACUUAUAAAAUUUAAGUCUAGUUAACAAAUUCUGGUUUAUAUAUGAAUAUGUUUUGUUAUAAGUUUUUAUCCCUGCCUUGCUUUCUAUUAAAGGUUUUAUAAGAUUACCAGGACAACUAACAAAUUGCACAUUCAUUUUUUGAUGAAUUUGUGUAACUCUUUCAUUGAAACUGGUCCUUUUUUUGUUUGUUUGUUUAGGGGAAAUUUUUCAUUCUGACACUGGAAUUGCACAGAAUAUGCAAAACACUCUUUACAUCAUUACACUAAAAGGCCUAAAGUUUUGUCCCCAAGUUGAACGGCCUUAAGUGUACUGUAAGCCUUUGAUUGUUGUACAAAGAGAUUGCAAUUGAUUAUGGUUUGUGUAUUUGUUGCCAGAAUGCAACAACAGUGGUUGUAAUGGAAUAAAGGAUGCAUGGAAUAGA